CUGUGCGCACGUGUGGCUGUUGCGAAAACGUGGACUUAUCCGUGGUGGAUUUCAAUCCGUGGUGGAUUUCAAUGCUCGGGCUUUGCGCGGGGAAAAGCAGAACUAGGGUUUUGCAUCGUACGGCGUCGCUGUCGUGCACACGUUGAGGAGCCAUCAAAUCAGACCUGUGAGAAUUGCUGCCGCUCUGGCUAUACGCAGGACGAACCAAGAGAGAGAGAGAGAGAGAGAGAGAGAGAGAGAGAGAGAGAGAGAGAGAGAGAGAGAGAGAGAGAGCGCUGGCUAUACGUAGGACGAACCAAUAGAGUGUGUGUGUGUGUGUGUGAGAGAGAGAGAGAGAGAGAGAGAGAGAGAGAGAGAGAGAGAAACCAUUUCUUCAGACUGUUUUUGCGCACGAGGGUUUGUGUAGACAGGAGAGGGUAUCGAGCCGUUGAUCUCAGGUUUGAAACGGUGAAUCUCAAUCUGCAUAGUAAAUUGAUAUUGGAUGUCGCAGCCGCGUGUAACAGUCACUUUCGCUCCUAACGGACAGGUGUUCAGUAGAAUUGGGCCUGUGUCGCAAGCACCAGGCGGGCGAGGCAGGGGCAGGGGCAGAGGUAGAGGCAGAAUGUAUUCAGAUCGGAUAGUGGCGAAUGCCAGAAGACGACGAGAUCUUCAGUCGCGUCUUGGACCAUCGCGUGAUAAUGGAAUCAGAAAGAGGUUGAGGGGUGAAGAUGACAAGUGGGUCCAUGACCUUUAUCAGGACGCUGACAACAAUGCACUGACCGUUUCCCCAGUUCAGAAGGAGGAUCUGCGAGCGAGGCUGUCAGGUGGAAAUUCCAAUGCACAGUCAGCGAAGUCCGCCGUCACUCCGUCACGACAGUUCUCACAGACAGGGACCCAGGCAAAUGGAUCGCUGGCGUCAGGGGACCUGAGGAGAAAGCUCAUGCGCACAAACCAGACUCCGGCUGUGACCCCAUCCAGCAUGCAGCGUCUCAGCUCCGUUGUGCAGGACACGUUGCCGGCGAGAACGCCCGCUGUGCGCACAGUGCGAACGGUCACUAUGCAGACCCCGACUCCUGCUCAAGAUGGGACCCAGAGGUCUACCUUUAUUGGUGCGACUUCGGCUACCCGACAUUUGGCCAUCCAAGCGCAAGGGGCCUCCCAGCAGUCGUUCUACAGGCCAGCAGCAAGUGGGAGCAAAGGCAACCAGGAGCAAGGGGGAGUAGAUGGCCAGCGGGGGCGAGCAGUGGCAACUUUUCUACAGUCACUGGGACUGGGUAAAUACAUCCCAAGCUUUCAAGCAGAGGAGGUGGAUAUGGCGGCUCUACGACAUAUGACCGAGGAAGAUCUCAAAGAGCUUGGUGUUCCUAUGGGACCAAGGAAAAAGAUUAUGCUAGCCCUGAAGCAAUGAGCAAUUUUCGAGUGUCCGCUGAUGUGAGGUCGUGAUACCUUCACUUGACUACUGCUUGCCGGGCGGAGCUGAUGUGCGUGUAAUCAGCCUAUCCGAGUACCGGUGUCAUAUAAAGGGCCUGUUUCUGUAAAAUUGGCUUAAGUUCAGAUACUUUUUCUUAGACGAUAUCCAUAUCCACAGGCCGAGCGAAGCAUAUCUGUCCGCCUCGACGUACUCCUUCCUCUAUAUUUCACACAGAUUUUCUCCCUCUCAUUUUCUAAUUUGGGAGCGCACUAAGUGCACAGCUCGAGUGAUGGGUGUGUUUCCUGGAGUCAUUCCAGCUGGACGGACCAGUUGCGUUCCCGCAGGACCGAUUGUAUUCCAGAGUCGUUCCAGCUGGACGGACCCGUUGUGUUCCCGUGGCAUCGAUUGUAUUCCAGCCGCACACGUGGUCCUUACGGGUUGGUCCGGCCGGGUGAAAAGAGCGUUUCAACAAUGAUAAUGAUCGCGAACGUUAGGUCAAGGACUUGCACAGUUGCGGCUGCAAUUUCUUUCAAACACAUAGGUAGAGCGACGGGUAUGGUUCUUGGAGUCGUUUGAGCCGGGGUUAGUUGCGUUCCCACUGGACCGGUUGUAUUUGAGCUACGGACGUUGCCCUGCAAGUUGGACUGGCGAGGCGAAAAAACAAGCGUUUCAAUGAUGGUGAUUGUGACCUAGGCUGUAUUUGAGCUACAAACGCUGCGCUACAAGUUGGUCCCGCGAGGUGGAAAAACGAGCGUUUCAACGACGAUGAUCGGGAACGUUACGUUAGGUCAAGCACAUACACCGUUGCAGCUGCGAUUUCCUUCAAACGCACAGCUCGAACGGAAUGAUGGCUGUGGCAACUCUUGGAGUUGUUGGUCCAGCUGGGCCAGUUACGUUCCAACAGGACCAGUUGUAUUCCAGAUGGCACUUAUUGCUGGACAAGUUGGUUCGGCGAGGCGGGACGAGCAUUUCGAGGAUGAUGAUCGUGAACGUUGCACUAGGUCAAGGACAUACACAGCUGCAGGUGGGCUAGCUGCCAUCCCAGUGUGCGGAUUCACAUUUUGCCUCGUUCUUCUUCUUAGGCAUGCAGUCGAAAGUGGUGUCCUAAUGUAUUCGAAGUUUUCAAUUUUUGAAUCGCGUCGAAUUUUACCAAAUCUUCAGUUUUUUGAAUCGCAUCGAGUAAAGGAUGUGCGGAUGGAUGCGAGAAUGACAAGGGUCUGUGCAUGUUGUUCUGUUUGAUUUCUGUUGUGAAAUGGCUUUAUUAUAUUGCGGAUCGCUCGCUCUGUGAGUAUGGAUUACUAUGGAACUAGCCAAGGGCAAGCAGUAUGCGAUGAUCUGAUGCUAAUCAAUGUCUGGACACCGG